UAUUAUGUACUUUUGUGAUGAGGUUGCUAUUUUUUCCUUUAAUAGGCUCCCAACAUGAUUUUCAACAAAAGCGUUUUCUUAUUUCUAAUGUACAGUAAAAUGCAUAGAUGUAAUGCAAAUUAACUGAGGCAAAACUACAAGUUUGAUUUUGUUUUUUGAUUUUGCUUUUUACCACGGCAGCUCAGAAAGUCCUGUUUUGGUAAGCAGGGGAGUCUGGGCGGUCUUUCUCUCCAUGGGUGGAGCACACAGUCAGGAAAUGUUUCACAAAGAGUGUAAUCCCGUCCCUGAGCUGCGUGAUGACCCGCCACAUACCCGAGCAUCAUGAACUUCCACCGAAACGACGAACAGGAUUGGAGUUCCAGCAAUCUUGACUGCUGCAAGGCCCUUAAUCGUGCAUGUUAGAAACCAGCUGAAGAUGCAGGGGGCCAUUGCCCGAGUGUGUGUGGUGGUCGCCGCUGCUAUAUUAAACCAUCCCUUGCUCUUUCCUCAAGAAAACACCACACUCCCAGAGCAAGAUGAAGAGCUAAUGGCUCGAAUGAGGGAGCAUGAGGAGCGGCUGGAAAUGGAGCAGGCCAAGCUGGAAAAAGAGCUGUCACAGCUGGACUCCAAGCAGGAGGAAACCAGCUCAAAUGAAGGUUAUAGUUGGUACUUUUGGAACACUUUGUUUUUUAUGAUAUUCUUCACUAUUGAGAUGUUCAAGGUGAAUCUCGCUGACGCAGAAAUCCGGCUAGCUGAGGAGGAAGAUGUGAUUUCAGAGAGUGGAUCCAUCACCCCCAGAAUGAUGGUACUCGAUAAGAACAUCCUGAGGAACUUCUGUGAUAAAUGCACGUACACUUCAGCCCAUGAAAACUGGAGGGUGAGGGAGUUUGUCGAAGGUUUUGCUGAUGACUUGUUGGAGUCGCUUAGAAGCAUGUGUGACAGGGAAGCAGACAUGGAAGUCAGUGACUUUGUUGGUAUUGGAAGCAUGUUUGAGUCUUGGGCGGUGUGCAAGCCUCUCAUGUGUGACCUUAUAGUGCCUUUUUCGCCCCCUGAUCCACACUCUUUCCAGUACCACCUGUGGUGCAGCCCCUCCAGUGAUUUACCUCCAAACAUGCAGGGCUGCGGCAAAAUAAAGGUGACCAAGUUUGGGGAGAGUGAGGAGAGCUGCCUCUGUGGCUCCGCUAACCUGGGAGAGGACAUGCUGUGUUUGUUGCACAGCAGAAAUGAUAGAGUCAAAGUGAGCCACAGCCCUGAUGAACUGCUGUGCUCCAGAAACACACAUUUCUUAGCCAAAGAUCAAGUCAUGAGAUGGUUUCAGAUCUCUGUAACCAAAGCAUGGGGACGCAUCUCUCACAAAUACAAUUUUGAAGUCACGUUUCGCAGCCUGGAUGCAACUGGUGCUUUAAAGAUCAGAUUCUGCUCAGGAAAAGUCAUCGUGCUAAACAUCAUUCCAGCGGUUCAGCUAGAAGACACAGAUGCUUAUUUUGUCUCACACUUUCCAUCAGAUUCUGAUUACUGCCCUGACCCUUACUGGCAUCUGUCGUUAGCUGUCUACGAGAGGAAUUUGCUAAAAUAUUUUGCCAAACGCCUACCACAAAAUUCCUGUCAUUUACAAUGCCUCCAGAUCAUUACUUUCCUCCACAGAAAGCAGUCUGGGCUAACAGGAAAAAGUGCCCUCAGGAGUUAUCACAUCAAGACUGCUCUACUACACUUGCUGCUGAGCAGAAGGACCAUAGUGUGGAGUGCUGAAAAUCUGGAACAGAGGCUUCAAGAUGUGCUCAGCUUCCUGCAAAGGAGCCUCCACGAGAAGAGACUUCACCAUGCUCUGAUUGGGAAUAGCAAAGUGCCAGAGGAAAUACAGAUUCCUCAAAUAAUUUGCAAAGCAGAGCCCAUCAACCUGUUUAGGUCUUUGGUGCUGCAGAGGAAGCUUUAUGCAGCAACAGUUGGGCAUUUCCAGGAAAUGUUGAGAAACGCACCUGCACUCAUACACGAAUACACACCUCACUUAUUAAAUGGCAGUUUACAUCAUAGCCUGGAUGAAAGUUUAUGAGUGCUGGUUACGCUCAUUGCCAGUCACUUCUUUAUAUACCAGAUAGUGUUGAUGAAACUGUUAAAUGUGUUUCUACAGCCGUUAUUUCGACUGCAGCUGAUACCUAAUCUUGUAGUGGUUUUGCUGCCACUGCUUUCUUAGGUCUAAAGCUAAACCGUUUGAGGGUUUGAUCUUACUCAUUUUUACACAAAGGAUGAUGCUUUUACUAAAUAUUUUUCCAAGAAAUACCUCAUUUUGUACCAAUCUAAAAUGGGAGCUGUUUAAACAAUACAGCAGUGGUUUGUUUAUUUAACUGUUUCAAUUCUGACGGCAGCUAUUCAGUGUGGCAAUGGUUAAAAAUAGAUUUUAUUGCAUCCUGGAGUUAUCUUUUCCCUUCCUUUUCCUGAAAUAUUUUCACUGUUGAUGUCAGGUCUUUGGUAAUGAAUCAGUUAAUCCAUUUGGACAACCCUAUAUUACAUUAUGGUAAAACAUAAUGUUUAUGGAUUUUUAACCAAAAACCAUAAAGUUCAGGUUCUGGCAAGUCAUUACAAAUGGAUUUUUUAUUUUACAUUAUUAAUACAUGUUAAAACAGAUUAUUGAAAAAACUCAGGAUUAUUAUACUUUAAUUACCUUUGUGACAUUUCAAACAAUGAUAUCAAAAUACCUCCUAUGGUGCUAGCUAUAUUUUUUAUUUUCAGAUGUACCCUAAAUGUUAAUCUUUAUUAUCUUAAAAACAAACAUGACUCAUCAAGAAUGUAAACAGACAGCUGUGGGGUUUUGGUGAGUGUUUUCUACAGACCACAGUCAUAGUCUGGUUUUCCAUCAGCAACAGUCUUGUAGGUCUUGAAGGUUUCCAUACUUGAUGCAUAGCUGCUUUAACAGCCAGGUCCUCUAGCAUGUGUUCUGUCCACUAGCAUGAGCUCACUGGCCUCAUUAAACCACACAAUUAAAGGACAAAAAUUGAUUGGAUGCACAAGGUGGGAUUUUUUUUUUUUUAGAUUUAACUAAGGGUAUACAUUUUAAUAUAUUGCUGUAUAGCAGAUUUUGAUGAUCUCUGUUUAUUUACUUGGGAACAUUCAAAGGUUAGUGUUUUAAGGCUCCCAAAAUCGCAGUUCAAUGUGAACGAAACAUCUAAAUGAAAGGAAA